ACGAUACAUUGAGAGCGUCUGAAAAUACCUAUGAAGGAAAUCUAACAAUCAGCCCUCUUUCUAUGGACGACAGUGGUGCUUUCACCUGUACAGGCACCAUUACUGGAGGAAGUGGAUCAGCUACAAACACACAUAACAUCACCAUUCAAGUUAUUGACCUCCCAGACCCGAAUGUGACUCUUUCAACCGCUAUUGGUGUAGCUGGUGAAGUGAUGGAGUUGAUAUGUACAGUGACUACUGUGGAGUAUCUUUCAGAGAGUGCAAUACUCAUUGUCACUUGGAGUGGAGGUAGUGUAGCCAGUAGUGGAGUAACACAGAGCGAAGUUCGUUCUAUUAGUGAAACUGUUAGUAUGAGCAACCUUACGUUUAGUCCCCUGAGUACUUCACAUGGAGCUGAGUACAGUUGCAGGCUGUGAUUGAUAUUCGAGUCCUCAAUAUUAC